AUGAGAUCAGAUGAAGUCUUCCGAAGGCCCUGGCUGAAGCGGGCCGAUGCCAAGAAAGCGAUUGCUUUCCAGAUUGGGUUUGCUAUGGCGUCUAUGUCAAUGGGACUAGGCCACGAAGCAGGCGCUAGCCUUAUGCGAUCCUUCAUCAAAUCUCAAUUUCUCACCAAGACUCAACGAGCGCCGGUAGAUACAGAUAUCACCGGCCAAGUGGCAAUCGUCACCGGUGGCAGCUCUGGACUCGGUUACCACGCUGCUCAUCAUCUCCUUAGCCUAAAAUUGUCACGUCUCAUCCUCGCCGUUCGAUCGAUGGAGAAAGGCAACUCUGCUGCCACGCAGCUUCGCGCCAAGUAUCCUAAUGCAGAAAUUGAUGUUUGGCAACUCGAAAUGACCUCGUACGAAUCCAUACAAGCAUUCUGUCACCAGGUGGAAAAGGAUCUUCCACGGCUGGAUAUCACAAUACUCAAUGCCGGCAUUGUCAAAGGCCACUUCAAAAAGUGUUCCACCGGCCACGAAGAAGCACUGCAAGUCAACUACCUCUCAACAUUUCUUUUGGCAAUCCUCAUGCUUCCCUUAUCCAAGAUCAAAGCUCCUGCCGGCAAACCGGGUAGGCUUACAAUCGUAAGUUCCGGUACAGCACUAUGGGCCAAGUUCCCCAACCGGGACAAAAGACCACUGUUACCCUCCUUCGACGAUACAAAUAUCACACCAUGGGAUGGUGUGGAGCGAUACUUUUCAUCCAAGAUGUUGGGUCACUUGUUCUUCGUCCGAUUACUGCCGUAUCUGAACCCGGAUGAAGUGAUAGUGAAUCUAGUUGAGCCUGGCAUGUGUAAAGAUUCGGAUCUACAUCGCGAAGCUACGGGUCCAGCAGGCGUUUUUCUAAAAGUAUACAAGGCUCUUACGGGACGAAAGCCGGAAGAUGGUGCUUGGACGUAUGUUGAUGCUGCUGUGGUCAAGGGGAGGGAGUCCCAUGGAUGUUUUUGUAUGGAUUGGAAGAUUCAUCCGUUCACUCAAUUGGUUUAUUUGUCUGAGGGUCAGCCCAUUAUGGAUGCCCUCUGGGAGGAGACGAUUGCUGAGUUUGAAUUUGCGGGCGUGAGAGAAAUACUGAAACUGACCAAGUAG